AUGCUUGAUACCAAACAUUUUUUUUUGCAGGAGGCCGCUCACUUGGGCUACACAUGUCGUAAGGGUCUCAAACCAGAGAGCCCAAACCAGGACUCUUGGUUCUACCUGAAGGUGGAAGACCAGUUCACAUUACAUGCAGUCUUUGAUGGCCACGGUCAAAAAGGUCAUGACGUGUCUCUUUAUGUCAAGGACAACUUGCCGAAGAUCAUGUUGGUGGAUGAGCGCUUCAAGAAGGGCUCGGAGCUUCUUCCUCAUCUCAUGAAGGAUUGCUUUCAGAAGAUGCAAGAUUUGAUCGACCUGGCGGACAGCUCGAAACAACUCACUGCGAGGUUGUCGGGUACUACUGCCACCGUGGCACUGCAUGAUCACAAGCAGAAUGUUGUGACUGUUGCCCAUGUUGCUGAUAGUGUGGCAGUACUGGGCAAGGAAAAGAAGGGUGGCGCUUGGGAAGCUGUUCAGCUGACCCGUGAGCACAAGCCGAAUCUCAAGGACGAGAGAGCUCGAAUAGAAAAGGCUGGCGGAAAGGUGGUGUACGAUGGUUAUGCGAACUACCGAAUUUAUGCAGGGAGGUUUCCAGCAGAUGAGCAUCCACAGCCCGGAAGUCUGCUGGUCACUGAGGCUCAACAUGUCCAGAUGUCUUGGACCAAGCCUGAUGAACUCCUUAAGCCGAUCAGUAUCUUUUCUGUGCUUUGGCGUGCGUAUGCCUCUGCAAGGCUCAAGUCGGCCUGUGUUGCUCGGUGGAUCAAUCGGGUCUUGCCUGCUGCCUUGUGCGGUGGUCGCCGUGGGUCGGAUGUGUUGAGCAUCAUGUUGCUUUUGUUUGAGCAUGUUGACAACAAUCGCUUUCUUGGUUCGCUUGAUUUUUCGAAAGCUUUUGGUCAUGUUCGGCCUCUCUCCGCGGGUGCUGCUAUGGUUCACACUGGCUGCCCUGCGGGUCUCGUGCGGGGCAUUCUGAGUGUUUGGAGGCAGCGUCGGCUGCUGUGUUGGGGCUCUUCGGUCCAUCACAAGUUUAUUGGUGUUACCGAGAGCAUGCCUCAGGGUGACCCUUUUGCCGUGCUUGCCUUGGGCUUGUUGUUGCGUAUCCCGGUGCUGAAGUUGCAGGCCCGCUUCCCUGGUUUGUUGCAAGUCAUCUACGUGGACGACCGUACUUGGUGUUGUGACUCGGCUGCUGAGUGUGUUGAGGUGUGGAACUGCUGGGAGCGCGAAAGCGCGCGCCUUGGUUUUCGUGAAAAUCACAGUAAAGCCCAGUUCUUCCACAGAACGGCGCAAGGGCGGAAGGCCCUUAAAACUCGUGGUUGUGCGGCGUCGCAUACUGUCACGAUCCUUGGUGUCGAAGUUUCCAGCUCGGAAUCCCGUGGUUCUUCUAAAAAAGAGCUUGCUCGGUUCCAGCGGGCCAUGACGGUCUUGCGCAAGUGUCGUUAUUUGCAUCAUGGUGUGUUGCGGAAAGCGCACUUGUGUACUAGUGCGGCUAUGAGUGCGGUUUCUUGGGGCUGGUGCCAGCGCGCUCCUCCUAACAACUUGGUCGAUAAGUUGCGGCAAGGUUGGCGUGUUGCUCUUGAUGUGGUUCGUCAGAGUUCUUGGUCGCUUGUUCAGCUUCUUGUUGGGCAUGGUUCUGACAUCCUUUUCACUUCUGGUUGUUUGCUCUUCUCGGCGUAUGCCCGUCUUGGGCAUAAAGGUUUGCUUGGUGACAUCACUUGGGGCCGUAGUCAUGGCACGGUGCAUCGCUUGCGUUCUUGGCUUGGCGAUCUUGGUUGGUUCGAGAUCCGUCCUUGGUGUUGGCGUCCGGGUCGUGUUUGCAUCGAUCUCUUAAACGUUGCUUGCCUUGAGGAGAUCCAAGGUUUUCAGCAUGCUCUCAGGAGCUCCUGGCGUGUCCAUCAGUGGAAUACACACCGUGAGUCUGGCCGUCGUGACUCUCAGGUGGGGCCCCUUGAUUUGGAUUCCGUUGCUGUUGCUAGGUCCUAUUGUUUGGAAUACGGGAAGCAUGCCUUCUCGAUCCUGACUGGUGGGUGUGUGAGUGAUGCCCGCAUUCAUGCGGGAACGGUGUGCUCGUUUUGUGAUCUUGGUGAAAUCUCGGGUCGCGAGCAUGAGUGGUGGGUUUGUCCGGCACACACAACGGUUGGGUGCUCUAGGCGUAUAGACAAAAACAAAAAGAGGACGUGGCCCUUCGCCACAGGAUGUCUCAACGGGGAGCGCAUGUGGGGCAGGCUGCCCACCCUGGACCAAGAUCUAGACGAUCCAAUUCGAGGAGCCAACACUAAGGUGGAUGGCCAAGACAAACAUGGGGGAACGGCCAUCCUGGUCAAGAAAAACCUGGUUGUUCGUCCUGCUUGGAAACUUUGCCAUGUGGGUGGUUCUGCUCAAGCGGUUUGGUUGGGGGGUAAGUUGCUGAUUUCCCUCUACUUAGCACCUACGUUUGAGUCCCAGGAGGUUUUUGCUUUAACUGUGGCCAAACUUUUUUCUCUGCCGCAAGGCACGCAAUGGGUCAUGGGGGGGGACUUCAAUGCCACACCGGAGGAAUGUCCCUUUAGAUAUGUGUUUGGCGCUGAGGCCUUUGAAAUUCUUGCCUCGGGCAAGCCCACGCGGUGGAAUGGAAAGAGAUGUAUUGAUUAUUUUUUGAGCGAUCAAUACCAUGGCACACCUUCAGCCCCGGAAAUUCACAUCUCUGAUCAUAUCAUUCAGGAACUCCAGCUCGAUUUUCAGGAAUCAAGACAUCCCAGUGUGAGCCUGGCGCCUAGCCCCAGGAUUCCACCAUACCAAGGUUCUGACGCUGUGUGGCAGAGAGCGGCCAACAGAGUGUGGUGCCAACAGCAGCAAUUAGUUCCGCAAUCUUGGUCGCAGGACUUGGAUCAGGAUUGGGCGCAGCUUUCGAAGACCUUUUUUGACACUUUGCUUCAAACUCAAGUUGAGCUGGCGCCGGAAACGGUCAGUUCGGUGCCUGCGGCCUUGCUCCGUAGGGGCAAACCUGAUAAGGUCCAAAUCAAAACACGUGACAGGUUGGUCAAACCCACGGCGGGAUGGUUUGCCACUUUCAAAGAACGACAUCUCAGCAAUCUGCUGGCCAGGUUGCACGAGGCUCAAAGAAUGCAAAAUCAAGCUCGAAUCUCUGUGGCUCAAGCUAUGCAUGAGAAAGCCCUGUGGGAUCGAAUCAGACGUAGUCAGUAUUAUGACCCUUCCAAAGGGAUCCAGAUGAAUAUUCAGAUCAUUUCUCGCACUUUGGAGCAGCACACUGCCCAAGCUGAUCGUGCCAGAUUGGAUCGGUGGACUCAGAAGAUGCAACAUGACAAGCAUGCUCUUAAAUGGCUUCGUCAAGAACGUAGCCCUCUCUACCCUUCGGUCAAGGUUUCUCCCAAUGCGACGCCAAGUGGUACUCUCCAGGAAAGCUUGCAGAAUCUCAGUGAUUAUUGGAAAGCUAUCUGGGAGCGUGAAGCCAUCGACAUUGAAGCCCUCUGGGAUGACUUUACGGAAUUUACUCCGGCUCAGAUGGGCCCCGACCAAUGGCAAAUCCAUUUGCCAAAGGGAAAGCCACCUCAACCUGAUGGCAGCGUCUUGGCAGCGGACCUCCGUCCGGUGUCUGUUACCUCUGUGUGGUGGCGAAUCGCCAACAAUGCGAAAUAUCGACUGCCUGAAGUACAACAAUUCAAUGGUGUCGAAGAUGCUAUCGCACCAAUUUUGGUCAAAGAAAUGACCGGGGGGAUAGUUUGCACGCUGGACCUGGACAAGGCCUUUGAUCGCACCUCUCCUGAGCUGGCAUGCAAAGUGUUUCGACACCUUGGCAUGCCAUCGCACACCGCUGCGCUGUUGCAGCAUACGUGGACAAAUCAAAACAGAUUUCUGCAGUACCAAGGCGAAAUCCUGAAGCAACCUUGCUUGGUCGGCAACUCCUUGCCGCAGGGCGACUGCUGGUCCAUGCUGGCCAUGUGCAUGGUCCUUUUACCUAUUGGCAACAGAAUUGAACGCCAAUUCCCUGCAACCACUCAAGCCAUUUAUGCAGAUGAUCGCAGCUUUGUCAGUCCCGAGCCGCUUGAGGCUCUGAAGGUGCGUGAUAUGUGGCACGAAAACACUGCAAAAAUUGGUCUCAAGGAGAGUGUUGGGAAAGAACAAUUUUUUCAUAGAAACAAACCCAUCAGACGAAAGCUGGUUAAGCUGGGGCUCCCAGCUGCCAGCUUGGAAGAUGCUACUUGCAUCCUUGGCUUCAACUUUAUGCCGGCACAGCGCAGAAAAGCUGUGGGCAAGGAACACACAGCCAAAGUCAAAGCUCGCAAAUGCCGAUGCUUGCCCGGUGGUGGUGCACGCCAACAGUGCAUGGCGCGCAUGACAGUGCCCACUGUGGCUGGCUGGGGAUUGGUCUGUAGACAACCUACGCAAGCAGAGGCCCACGACUUCUUUCAACUGGCGAAAACAUUUCACACUUGGCCCAAACAAUCCAGUGUGUUCUCAAACUUUGAAGAAUGGCGUCAAUCCAAUCGGAGGGAUGCCGCCGAAUGUGUUGAUGUUAGAAUUACUGCAGAACAUUUUGCUGCGCUGAAAAAGGUCAACCUGAAUGCAGACAGUUUGGCUUGCCUCACUGGUGCUUUCGUGUCUCCCAAGGCAUAUGAGGACGGGACGCAGAACAUGACUUGCAGGUCAUAUCAUUAUGCUUGGCCAGCUCCAGGGCUGCCUGUCUACGUGCUCGACGUGGACACGAUUAAUCCCUGCCGUGGGCAGGGCACUAUGCGGCGGCUGCCCCGCGCUGGCUGGCUGCGCUGUGGCUGUGGUGGCUGCGCUGCGCUUUGUGGUUUUUCUGCAGUGGUCCUCAUGGGGUGGCUCAUCUUGGAGCUCUGCUACGUACAGGAAUUCGUUUUGCUGGUUGUACAGCUCAAGCCCUGGAUCAGUUUUACGGGUCCCAGCUUGCAAGUUUUGCCUGCCUACCUGAUGGUUACCGACUACCUGCGCUCUGCCAUCGGUCGACUGGUGGCCCUUGGGCCGCGGUGUUUUAAUUUUGAGGAUUCUUUUUUGGCCUGCAGACUCCUGCGCUCGAUGCCGGGCGUGGUCGUGGUCGCUGGCAUUGUCUACUUCAACAAGCGCUUUGGUGUUCAGAUCGUUGUCAUUGACCUUGGCGAUGACACUGGUCGUCGUAAUGAUCCGAUGAGUUUUGGUGUUGCUGCCAAUCAUAAGGAUGGUCCUGUCGUUUUGGUCUUAAAAGAUGGUCACUACCAGCUUGCGGUGCUUAAACCCGGUUGUGAAUAUCCUGAGGAGUGGAUUCAAGCUGAAGAAGCUAAAGCUUCGACGCGCUUGUGUCGUGGUGGCGGUCGGCGGAUUGAUGGUUGGCGUGCUCCUGCUACCCCCCCUUCUCCGCAGUCCCCUGGCUCCCGUUCUGAGGUUGCUUCUGUUGGGGCUUCGGUGGCGGCCCCGUCUGUUGCGGCGGCUUCGUGGCGGGUUUCUCACACUCCUGGUUCUUCUCGUGACCGUCCGGGCUCUUCCUCCGAUCCUCCUCGGUCUCCUGGUGGUUCCUGGCGUCCUUCGUCCACGGUUGUUGACAGUCUGGAUGUUGUUGCCAGUGCGGUGCGAUCGGUUGUCUCUUCGCCUGAUCGUGGGUCCAAGGUGCAUGUGUUUGAUCAUGAUGAUGUCUUUGAUCCGGACACGUGUCCGUAUCCUCGGAAGAAAGAUGCUUGGAAUCCGAAAAACCAACGUGAACAGUCUUGGACCUGCCCGCUGUGCGGCUUCAUGGUGCGUGCCCCGGCUGGUCCGCGUGCUCGGUUGAUGUUGAGGUGGCGCAAGGAUAAUCACUUGACGCAGCAACACAAAGAUGCUUAUGGUAAGGGCAAGAUCCCCAGGUUGAAUCAAAAAGAGCCUGCUCCUGUUGCUUCUUCGGCCUUGCCGGUGCAUUUGCAGGAUUGGGUGUGUCACUUGUGCGGUGAAGCUCUUCCUCGCAUGUCUCAUAGGUUUACGCAUGACAGAGCCAUUCAGGAACACUUUCGUGCUAAGCACCCUGGUGUUACGCCCACUGAGGCCUACCGUGCCAAGCAACGGGAGGAUAAAGAGGUGCGUGCACGUAUGAGUGUUCGUGGUCACAAGGUUGGUGCUCUUAAGCGUGCUGAGGCCCAAGCCAAGCUUGAAGUUAUUAGGAACUUGAACGGUCACCUUCUUGAUCAUCAUGUCUUUCGGUUUUGUCCGGCUAAGCACAAGCGUGGGCAAUCGGUUGAGUCCAACUUUGUGUGUCGGCGCUGCUGGCGGUCGGGCGGGUCCAAUCGGUUUGCACAGGUUUCGGCGGUUUGUCGAGGUCCUUCGGAUCGCAUGUCUUGGUGGCGUCACUUGUGUAGGUUUGCGGCUCAGAGCUCUGACAAUGUGGUGCAUUUGCGCAACAUGUGUGGCCUGUCUGAUGAGGUGACUGCAAUCUUGUUGGCUGGUGCCCCUUUGGUUCGUCGCAUCAAUGGCAAGAGACCUCUGCGUGCCCUGGACUCGCUUCCGCGUGAGCUUGAGCAAUCCCCGGUCCGUCGUUGUUUGGCUCCCGUUGCUCGCUGGGUUGACUUUCCUCCUUGUCCUCCGAACGUGUCGGAAGCCGUGCAUGGUGAACCUGAGGACGCUGCUGACGUCCGGCUUGGUGGUCACCGCAAUGAGCGCGUCGGGGAGGCCGCGCAUCCCGGUCCCCGGCAUCGCUUUCGUGGGCAUCAAGAUCUUUGUGUGCUGUCUUUGAAUGUUGGUGGCAUGGUUGGCGCCUGGCGUUGGCUGAAUACACAAAAACGGUGUGAAUAUCCGGUGGUCUGCUUGCAAGAGUUCUCUGGCACUGAAGAGCAGUUUCGUGCGUUUGUCGCGUGUGCGCGUCACUUGGGCUAUUUGGGCUUUCAUGCACCUUCUGUCGGUCCUAAGGGUGGUGUUGUGAUGUUGGUUGCCACUUGGCUUCGGUCGCGUCCGUUCGAGGUGCUCUCUACUUCGGGUGGUCAAGCGGUGUUUGCCUCCGUUAAUGGUACCCUGCUUGGUUCCGUUUAUGUGGCGCAUCAUGAGGACUGUGACGAGUUCCUUCGUUCCGUGCUUGACACUACCAUGGCUGGUGGCUCCGCCUGGUGCUUGCUUGGUGACUGGAAUCUUGUCCCGGUGGACAAUUGGUUCAACGACGUUGUGUGUUGCGAAGGUGCUUCGGUUGUUGUUCCGGAGGGGGUGACCGCUACACGUUGGGAAGGCAACAGGGUCAUUGACUAUGCGGUCACGACUUUGCCUGGUGUUAAUGCUUGGUGUUUGCCCACCCGCUGGUCUGAUCACAAAGCUGUCGCGGUCAACCUUAACCUUGUCCAGCUUGAUGUUGCCCGUACUUGGGAAGUUCGUCCGUGCCUCAGGUACUUGCCUAGGAUCGGUUUGGAAGGUGAAGCUUGUGCGGCUGUUGAGCUUGCUUGGUCUCGCUCUGGCUUGCAGCGUGCUGAUGCUGUGGUGGGUCAUCUUGAGGCUUUGCAAGCUUCGUCUGAGCACCUGGUUGAGCAUGUCGACUCAUUGUGGGAGCAGCUCCAGAACAUCUUCGAGUCCGUCUUGCGCGAGGCGGGUUUGGUUGAUUGUCGCCCUACUGCUGAGUUCCGUGCUAAAGGUUGUGCUCCGUGCUUGCGUGAGCGGUUGCCUCAUCACCAAAGGCCGUAUCUGUGCCAUGCCUCGAACGAGUUGCGUGUGUUGUUGCGGUUGUACGGUCGCAUGUCUGAGUGUGUGCGUCAGGGUCGUGACUGUUCCACGGUUCCGCGUAUCCGCCGCUGUCGGUUUUGGACGCCUGAGCUCACUUUGGCUGAUGUUGCUUCUCGUAUCCAAGUUCUUGAGCAAAGGGCUAAGGCUGUUCGGAUUGCCCGCUGGAAGGACAAGAUGCAAACGGACCCUGAUCUCUAUCGGUGGUUGCGUGGCAGGCAGCCUUCCUAUACUCAAAAUGUGUUCAAUGAUGAAAGUGCUGACCAUAGGGUCAGCUCCGACGUGCGUGAGGUGCUUGAUACUUUGGUGUCCUUUUGGUCGACCAUCUGGUUUCGUGAUGGCUCGAGCGAAAGCGACAUGCCGGCCUACUUAACGGAAUAUGAAGAUCCCUGUGAGGUCGAGGUUUGGCCGGCUGUGACUGCUUUCGAGCUUCGUGCUGCUUGUUCUCGGCAACGUGGCAAGGCGGCCGGUCUGGAUGGGUGGCUGGGCGCCGAGCUCUUGCUCUUUCCUCACUCGUGUUGGCUUGUGCUUGCGCGUGCCUUGCGUGUGUGCGAGUUGCUUGGUGUUUUCCCGUCGGUUUGGUCUUUUGUGAAGCAGAUCCACUUGGUUAAGCCUUCUUCAUCCUCGGACGUUUCCUUGUCUGUUCCCGCCAGUCAGCUUAGGCCGACCAGUAUCUUCUCUGUGCUUUGGCGUGCGUAUGCCUCUGCACGGCUCAAGUCGGCCAGUGUUGCUCGGUGGAUCAAUCGGGUCUUGCCUGCUGCCUUGUGUGGUGGUCGCCGUGGGUCGGAUGUGUUGAGCAUCAUGUUGCGUUUGUUUGAGCAUGUUGACAACAAUCGCUUUCUUGGUUCGCUUGAUUUUUCGAAAGCUUUCGAUCAUGUUCGGCCUUUCUCCGCGGGCGCUGCCAUGGUUCACACAGGUUGCCCUGCGGCUCUCGUGCGGGGCAUUCUGGGUGUUUGGAGGCAGCGUCGGCUGCUGUGUUGGGGCUCUUCGGUUCAUCACGAGUUUAUUGGUGUUACCGAGAGCAUGCCUCAGGGUGACCCCUUUGCCGUGCUUGCUUUGGGCUUGUUGUUGCGUAUCCCGGUGCUGAAGUUGCAGACCCGAUUCCCUCGUUUGUUGCAAGUCAUUUACGUGGAUGACCGUACUUGGUGUUGUGACUCGGCUGCUGAGUGUGUUGAGGUGUGGAACUUCUGGGAGCGUGAAAGCGCGCGCCUUGGUUUUCGUGAAAAUCACAGCAAAGCCCAGUUCUUCCAUAGAACGGCCCUUGGGCGGAAGGCCCUUAAGACUCGUGGUUGUGCGGCGUCACAUAGUGUCACGAUCCUUGGUGUCGAAGUUGCCAGCUCGGAUUCCCGUGGUUCUUCUAAGAAAGAGCUUGCUCGGUUUCAGCGGGCCAUGACGGUCUUGCGGAAGUGUCGUUACUUGCAUCAUGGUGUUUUGCGGAAAGCACACUUGUGUACUAGUGCGGCUAUGAGUGCGGUUUCUUGGGGCUGGUGCCAGCGCGCUCCGCCUAACAACUUGGUCGAUAAGUUGAGACAAGGUUGGCGUGUUGCUCUUGAUGUGGUUCGUCAGAGUUCUUGGUCGCUUGUUCAGCUCCUUGUUGGGCAUGGUUCUGACAUCCUUUUCACUUCUGGUUGUUUGCUCUUCUCGGCGUAUGCCCGGCUUGGGCAUAAAGGUUUGCUUGGUGACAUCACUUGGGACCGUUGCCAUGGCACGGUGAAUCGCUUGCGUUCUUGGCUUGGCAAUCUUGGUUGGUUCGAGAUCCGUCCUUGGUGUUGGCGUUCGGGUCGUGUUUGUAUCGAUCUCUUGAACGUUGCUUGCCUUGAAGAUAUCCAGGGUUUUCAGCAUGCUCUCAGCUCUUGGCGUGUCCAUCAGUGGAAUACUCACCGUGAGUCUGGCCGUCGUGACUCUCAGGUGGGGCCCCUUGACUUGGAUUCCGUUGCUGUUGCUAGGUCCUAUUGCUUGGAUUACGGGAAGCAUGCCUUCUCGAUCCUGUCUGGUGGGUAUGUGAGUGAUGCCCGCAUUCGUGCGGGUACGGUGUGCUCGUUCUGUGAUCUUGGCGAAAUCUCUGGUCGCGAGCAUGAGUGGUGGGUUUGUCCGGCUCACACAUCUGUUGGGUGCUCUAGGUUCGUGCACCUUUCGGGUGCUGCUAAGGUUUCCAUUGCUACGGAGGCUGUCAAACUCGUCGGCAAGUUCGCUCCGACGAAGGCCAUGGAUGCUGCUACGGAACUGGCCAAAGAGGCGUGGGAUCGAUGGAUCUACGAAGAAGGUGGUCAGGUGGUGGAUGACAUUACCGUUGUUCUGCAGUAUUUCCAGCCCGGCGUCGUUUCUCCGGGCCACCCCGAAGACGAAGCGGACCCGGUGAGCGUACCGGAAUAG